AUGGCCGAAUUCCAAGCCAUUAUUUUGGCUGGUGGUCGUGGCAUUCGUUUGUAUCCUUUGACAGAGGAGACACCGAAAUCACUUUUACUAGCAAAUGAGAAACCUCUUUUAUGGUAUCAAUUACAUUUGCUAGAGACGUCUGGUUUUACGGAAGUCUUGGUACUUACUGUCCGAGAUUUAUUGUCUCCUCUUCAGGAUUAUGUGACACGCGAAUUUGAUGGUAAAAUUCAUAUUGAAUUGUGUGAAGUAACGGAUAAUACCGAAACAGCCGAUGCUCUUCGAGAAGUAGCAGAUAAAAUCAAAUGUGACUUUAUUGUACUAGCUGGAGACCUCGUGACGGACGUUGUGUUACAUAACGUUGCGGAUUUUCACCGAAUGAACGAUGCAAGUGUUACGAUGUUACUUCAACAGGAAGCACCAGUCCGUAAAACCAAGGGACAAAAGCCGUGUCGUGAUAAAGAUAUGACGGACUGUAUUGCACUGGUUGAAGGUCAACGAAAUGAAGAGAAUCGUGUGAUUUUAGUGUCUCAGGCAGUGCAUAUGAAUGAAGAUUUGUACAUUGCCAAGAGUUUACUCAAACGUCGGAGUAAUUUCGUCCUGCAUACGGAUCUCUAUGAUGGACAUUUCUACAUUUUUGCCCAUUGGGUCUUGGAUUUGUUACAAGAGAAAAAAUACAUUGCAAGCAUUAAGGCUGAUCUCGUGCCUCACCUUGUGCGUCGACAAUUUCGUGGAGCCGAUGCGUUACCUAAGAGUGUCAGGGAAAAAGCGACAAGUAAACAGGAGCUUGCAGCCUCCAUGUCACUUGCAGAAGAGAAACAUGAUCCCGAGGACCUUGUGCGCUGUUUUGCUUACGUGCUACCGACGAAUGCUUACUGCGAGCGUGCCGACACAAUCCCGGCAUACCGAGCCAUGGACGAGGAAGUUGGUUCGCGUCUGCGUAUUAAGCGGUCAAGAUCCAUUUCUAAUUAA